AGAUUGGAACAGUUCAAUUGUUAACCGAUUAACCGGCCAAUAUCUAGGCGUGGGAGGGGAAAAGUUCAUACGUAUUAGAGAUCUGCAAGACGGGCAAAAAGCAUUGGCAAGGCACAGGCACAAAAAAAGCAUUUAUAAGUAUAGAUUUAAAAAUGUCAGGCAUAGUUGGCACUUUGGUGCCUGCCACACUUCCCAUAAUGUGUCUAACAAUUUUGUACCUAGUGCUAGGGGUGAAUAUACUAUAUUUAUACAGCUAUAUGAAUGUUUGUUACAAACCAAAUUGGAUUCAG